UGGAUCUGCGUGUCACUGAAAUUUGAGCCUUGUCUGAGGCUCGAAUCAUCUAAGAUGUCAAUGGAAUAUGAGAAUCCAGAAGAGGCAACCAUGGUUGCAGGCCUCCUUCCCCUGGCUUCCGUCUCUCAGCAACCCUACGUUUCGGAACUCCUCUCGUUUACUCUUGAUCGUCUUCACAAGGAACCGGAGCUUCUCCGUGUAGAUGCCGAGCGUAUUCGGCGGCAAAUGCAAGAGGUGGCGGUUGGGAAUUACCGUGCCUUCAUUGCCGCUGCCGAUGCAUUGCUCUCAAUUAGAGAGGAGGUCACGGCAGUUGACAAACAUCUUGAAUCGCUGAUAACUGAUAUUCCAAAGCUCACAUCAGGUUGCACUGAGUUCAUUGACUCUGCACAACAUAUUUUGGAGAAGAGAAAGCUGAAUCAAACAUUGCUAGCCAAUCAUAGUAUUUUGCUUGACUUGCUUGAAAUUCCCCAGCUUAUGGACACAUGUGUAAGAAAUGGAAAUUAUGAUGAAGCUCUUGACUUAGAAGCCUUUGUUUGCAAACUGUCAACAAUGCAUCCAAAGAUACCUGCCAUUCAAGCAUUAGCAGCAGAAGUUAGACAGACAACCCAAUCUCUUCUUUCUCAGCUUCUGCAAAAACUUCGAUCAAAUAUUGAGUUGCCGGAAUGUCUUCGUAUUAUCGGGUAUUUACGGCGUAUAGGAGUAUUUAGUGAGUCGGAACUGCGCCUUCAGUUUUUAAGAUGCAGAGAAGCAUGGCUUGCUGGAAUUCUUGAUGACCUGGACCAGAGAAAUGUCUAUGAGUACUUGAAAGGAAUGGUGAAUUGUCAUCGAACGCAUCUCCUAAAUGCAGUUAAUCAGUACAGAGCUUUAUUUUCUGAUGAUAAAUCUGAAAGUGAAGAAAACUAUGAUGGCGGGCUUCUUUAUAGUUGGGCUAUGCAUCAAAUUACCUCACAUCUUAGAACUUUAAAGACCAUGUUGCCCAAGAUUACUGAUGGCGGAUCUUUAUCAAACAUACUGGACCAGUGUAUGUAUUGCGCUGUGGGUCUUGGUUUGGUUGGACUUGAUUUUAGGGGCUUGCUUCCGUCGCUUUUUGAAGGUGCAGUGCUCAACUUAUUCUCAAAGAACAUGAGUACAGCAGUUGAAGAUUUCCAGAUAGUCCUGGAUUCCCAUCGUUGGGUCCCAUUACCAGCUGUUGGCUUCCCAGCCAAUGGUGUAACUGAGGAAAGUCAGGAAGAUGUGACUCCACCUUCUUAUUUAAUGGAACAUCCACCUCUUGCGGUGUUUGUUAAUGGUGUCUCAGCAGCUAUGAAUGAAUUACGGCCUUGUGCCCCAUUGAGCUUGAAACAUAUGCUGGCACAAGAACUUUUAAAGGGAUUACAAGCUGUUUCUGACUCCUUAUUGAAGUACAAUGCAACUAAGAUGCUUAGAGAAAAUGAGUCCAUACUUUUUCUCUCACUCUGCCGAGCAUUUAUUGAGGUUGUCUAUCCACAUUGUGCAACUUGUUUUGGUCGCUGUUAUCCUGGUGGAGCUGCUUUGAUCACAGAAUCAAAGAGUUUAUUUGAUGGAGUAAGCCGGCUAUUGUCAGUCUCUCCUGCCAGAGAACUAUCCAAUCGGGUUGAGCAUGUGGAGGAAAAAAAUGCUGCUGAGAAUGGUGGAGAUAUUUCUGAAGUGGACAAUGGAGUUAUACAUGAAGCUGAGCAGACAGGAAAAGAGGGUUCGGAUGGUACUACCACAGAGACUGUUGGAAGUUCUGCAUAAAUGCUUGAACUGAAUUCAUGGAGGUGCGUUUGUAAUUUUGAGGAAGGCUGUUCUCAUCUGUUUUUUAUAUCUAACCCAAAGGAAAAAAGAAAGCAUGGGAAAACAGGAACUUAUACAGGAGAAUGGAGUGCUUUGU